UGGCGGUGUUCCAGCAGCGGUGCCGUAAGUAGCAGGCGCCUGUUCUGCUGCAGGUCGCUCUCUGCUGUGACAGUCCACGGAAGUCGGCAGCCAGAAGUUGGAACGCCAAGACGACAGCGACACUUGCGUUCGCUCGUGCUUUUAGCCAGCAUUUGUACGACCAACCGCCAGGAUCGCGACAUCCAGCAACAUGACACUACAACUUCUGUGACGUCAAUUGCUGCCACUUCGGGACCACUUUUGUUGUGUGGGUGGAAUAGGACUCUAAAAUAAACACACCCAUCAGCUGUGCUGCAGCAGUGGCAGACCCACAGUUGGCAGACCCCUACUCUAUGGCUCUAUGGGCAGACCAGACCAUUUUCCUCCAGAGUUUCCUCCAUUUUCCUCUAGACGCUCUGGACCUCUCACUCAGUGCCGUCAGUGCCUCUGCUCCCUUCUACAUAGAGAUCAUAAAUACUAACUCCCUACCAACUCUGUGUCGAAUGUCGAAACUGGUCGAAACCAGCACGAAACCAUUAUAGAGAAGGUCGUUUUCGAAACAUUGCCACAUUUUGGCGUAAUACUUCUGCCUUAUUGCGGAUUAAGAACAGUGCUGGGCGUGGCUGUCGCUGAGAAUCAGCUGUGAUUGCCUGCAGCGGCAUGUCCGACAGCGGCCCUGCAACUCGGUUGGAAGGUUCGGCGGGUGGUGAGCAGGAGCCGUGUCCCGACAUGCGGGAAGAGCCCCCCCUGGCGGCCCCUGGAGUGGCGGGUGGGGACCCUGGCUGCCUGCAGCCUCACUGGUUCUACAGGCACCAGGUGGAGAGCAAGAGCCUCUGGGUGCCCUUCUCACACCUCGACUCUGCCAGCCUGGAACGGGCCAGCCGAGGGGGUGAGGCGGCGGUGCGCACAGAUGGCGGUCGCUGUGACGUGCACGUCAAGGAGCGCCUGCGGGUGCCGGUGUACUGGGAGGGGCCCCCGUCGGAAGUGCGGCGCUGCACCUGGUUCUACAAGCCGGAGACGCACAGCGGCUUUGUGCCUUACGAGGAGGACGUAGCCGCUCUUCUCGAGGAGCACUAUGGACGGGCGGUGGAGACGGGCAAAUGGCACGAACGGCUGGAGCUGCCCGGCCGGCAGACGGUGGUGAUGCACAGCGCGACAGUCAUGGUUCAGCUGCCCUCGUGGGGCGACGCGGAGGACUGGGGCAGUGCCCAGGAGGCACGGCCCCGGGCGGUCAAGCGGGGCCUGGACGGUGUCGCCUGCCCGGAGGAGGGGGAGCCGCCACAGGUGGACCAUGUGGUCUUCGUCGUGCACGGGGUGGGCUCGGCCUGCGACCUGCGGCUGCGCACCGUCGAGGAGUGCCUGGAGGACAUGAGGCAGCUGGCCCUGGGCCUGCUGUCGAGCCACUUCAAAAGUGCCCCGGGCCGACUGGAGCUGCUGCCCGUGUCGUGGCACUGGAGCCUGCACACGGCUGGCGUGGAUGCAGCCCUGGGCCGCGUCAGCCUCGACAGCAUCCCCAAGCUGCGCCGGUGGGCCAACGACACGCUGCUCGACGUGCUGCUCUACACCAGCCCCGUCUACUGCCAAACCAUCGUGGAUGCAGUGGGCCAGCGCAUGAAUCGCCUCUACCGCCUCUUCCUGGAUCGCAACCCUAGCUUUGCCGGCACGGUGGCCCUCGCCGGCCACAGCCUCGGGUCCCUGAUCCUGUUCGAUAUCUUGCUGCACCAAGGGGAUUGCGGGGUGGGCCACCUGGCUGGCUGCCAGCCGAAGACUGACCUCUCGAGCAUGCUCAGGUCCCUCAAGCUGGAGGCUUACCUGCCGGUCUUGGUGGAGCGCGGGGUGGACUCUCUGCACCUGUGCUCAGAUGGAGAGCUGGAGGAGAUGGGCAUCCCUGAGGGACCCCGGCAGAAGCUGCUGUCAUACCUGAGGGCGGGGCCUGGCCAUGAACUUGGUACGGCAGGCACCGGUCAGUUGCUGGUCAGCUAUCCCAGGCUGGACUUCCAGCCGAGCUGCUUCUUUGCCCUGGGCUCCCCGAUCGCGAUGUUCCUGGUGGUGCGUGGCAACGACAUACUGGGCAAAGACUUCCGGCUGCCCACCUGCCCGGCCUUCUUCAACAUCUUUCAUCCGUUUGACCCGGUGGCAUACCGCAUGGAGAGGCUGAUAGACCCUGAGCUGAGUGCCAGCCCCGUGGUUGUCCCACACCACAGGGGGCGCAAGCGCAUGCACCUGGAGCUGAAGGAGAGCCUCCGCCGGGUGGGGACGGACCUGCGCCAGCGUCUGCUGGACUCGUGGCGCUUGACGUGGCACUCGCUUCACGACCUGGCCCACGGUGCGUCGGCCAGCUCAUCGGCCUCCCUGGCAACGAUCGAUGACAACUCGGCUAGUGAAAGCGGGGCCUGUGCGGAGGCGGAGCCACCUCCCGAGAGCCUGGGCCGGCUGAACGGCGGCCGACGCAUAGACUAUGUGCUGCAGGAGAAGCCCAUCGAGAGCUUCAACGAGUACCUCUUUGCUCUGGCCAGCCACGCCUGUUACUGGGAAUCUGAAGACACGGUGCUGCUGAUGUUGACAGAGCUGUAUGCGCUGCAGGGGCUCAAGCCCGAUCCAGGGGGACGCUCAUCCCAAGAACCCCAGGGCCCCCGAGAUCCUCUUGACCGGACGCCAUCUGCUCACUCCACCUAAAACUGGUAGCCAGGUGCCCGAUUCCACCUGUGGCCCAUGCUAUUGUGAUGACGCGACGUAGGAUUAGAAUGUUUUCAGUAGUGGCAAAUAAACUAUACAUAUUGAUUAAUGUUA